GGAGAGAGCGCUUUGAUUAUUCUCUGAAGCCUCGAAACGAUGUCGUUUAGCUCGUCUCUGUCAUAUCCGAACUCCCUGUUUCCGCUCGGCAAGUCCAAAUCUUUCAGCUCUCGAUUCAGAGCUUCUGCUGAAGUACCUGACUUCCUCUCUGCCGAUUGGCUGGCAUCUCGGAAGAAGAAACCUUUUGGGCCGAGAUUAAAUUUUAGCGCAGAAGAAGCUGUUCAGCACCAGCUGGAUGCCUUGAAGUACAAUGACCAACCCCGCCCUGAUUAUGGCAUUGAGGUCAUGUACAGGUUUGCUGGGUUUGAUCCUUUUGAGAGGUCUACCUAUUUUGGGCCAUUCUUUGAUUUGGGGCAGUUUGAAAGAUUCAGGCGGAUUUUUCACCAUUCGACCUAUCGGGUAUUACUGGGUCACAAGGAGAGGGAGAUAUUGAGCAGUUUAUUUGUAGAGGAGAAUCGAUAUAAGCAGCGAAUUUGGAUACGAGGAAGUCGACCAGAGGAAGAAGAAACAUUUCAGUUUACAAUGGUUCAGAGGAUUGGUGGCUCAUGGGAUGGUUAUUGGUUAACCGAGAGUGUACUUCAUGAUGGAGAUGCUUUUGCUGGUGGUUUAGCCUAUUGAAGAUUCAAUACAGCAGGAAUUGUAUCAUUUGUACGAUUGAACCGUGGUCUUUGUUGCUGAUACGCGGCAUUUGUUCACCUACUGUCGACCUUAAGAGUUCUGUAUAUGAAGGAAUAAGUGAAGCUAUUGUAAUGCCCCAUGUAGGCGGACUUUGUAAAUAAAAUCUUGUAUAGCCGGCUCUUUAAUCUUCAGGAAUUGUCUGAAUUACAAAUAUAUAUCUCUCAACACCAGCUAGUACAUCUAGCAGUUCCAUUA